GUAGAGAAUAUUUUCCUACACACAAUGAGCGACGACGGUUGGGGUGAUGCUGUAUCUAGAGGAAUGUCCAACGAUGUAGGGUGGGAAGUAUCCCAAAAUGCAAAACCAGAUUUCGGCGAAAAAUCCAAUUUGGGUUCUGAACAACAUCGCGACGAAGGUGGUUCCACCGCCGGAGGUUUUGGUUCCGGAUUUGGCGGAGGAGACACUGGCUUCAGACGUGGCGGUUUAAGCCGUGGCACAGGACGAGGAGGCUUUGGAGGAAAUUCAGGCUUCGGCGGUGCUUCCCGUAGUGACGAGCACGGAUUUGGAGGGGGAAAACGUUUUGGAAAUACCAAUUUUGCAACAGAAGGAAAUAAUGAAGAUUUUGGAGCUGGAAGUACUUCAGAAUUUGGCAAUUCUGGUUUUGGAAGUUCUGGCUUUGGAUCGGGGGGCAAUUCUGGAUUUGGACGUGGUGCAAAUGGAGGAGGUGAGUUGCAGGCUCCGUCGUUGUCUUUCGCAUUUUACCCAUAA